AUGCUGAUUGCAAUCUCAAUCCUGGCGAUCCUUACAGAAUGUGCAAUUUUAAGCAUUUGCGCUAGUAAGUUUUUUAUUUUUUAAUGCAAUUUUUUGGAAUUGAGUUCUCAAAAGUAAAAAUUUUACUUUGUUUAUGUAAAAAGUUUUGAAUUUUCAGAAUCUCAUACAAAAAAGGCUCAAAAAAGCCCUGCAAAACCAAUAAGUGAGGAUGGACCUAGUAUAAAGGUAAGUAUUUUUCAAUAUUUUUGGAAAUUUAAAAAAAAGUUUGGGUAAUUUCAAUUUUAAAUUGUUUUUUGAAAAUAGUUUAGAUGAUAUGAAGUUAAAAUUUAUAUAUUUUAAUUUUACCGUGUAAAAAACCCAUUUUUAACCAUAUAAACCUUUUCAGUUGAUGAAACGUGAAGAUUCUUACAAAAACUAUCCGGAGUUUUACCCUCGUGGCGCGGAUCGACGAUUUUCGGCCAUAGAAAUGAAUAAAGUCAAAGAACCAUCAAGUCGUCGGAAAAGGCCGCCAAAACGAAAACAAAAAGAAGAAGAAAGUGAUAACCAAGCUGAUGAAAAAGACAAUAAAGCUAGCGAAAGGGACAUUAGAAGAAGUCAAAAUAAUGACACGAGAAAGGAAAUGGACAAUAAAGCAGAUGAAGAUGGCAAAAAGAUAGUUGGUAAAGACAAAAAGGCUGAUCAAAAGGGCAAUAAGAUAGAUGGGAUAGACAAAAAGACUGAUGAAAAAGAAAAUAAAAUAGAUUCAAAAGCCGCAAAAGCAGAAGAAAAUGAUAAUAAAAUAGAUGUAAAUGAUAAGAAGGCAAAUGAAAAGGACAAACAACCCCUUCAUAAAGACAACAAAGAGGAUGAUAAUGCCAAAAACAAAAAAGAAACAACAAAAAGCGAAGAUAACAGCAAUGUAAGCGACCUAAAAGCCCCAAAUGCUCAACGUGCUCUAGAACGACAACAAAAACGAGACCCGACAAUACCGGUCGAACAUAUUGAAAAGGAUGAGAUAGAAAUGUCACAAAAGUUAAAACCGACAGAUUUUACACAACGACCGAAAUUGUUGGGGAAAUGCAAGAAUAUGGUGAAUAAUCUUGGCAAAAACGUGAAUAACUUGAUGAAUAAGCUUGAUGAAAAGUUGAGUCAAAAGGAGAAUAGUGCCGGUUCUAAUGUGGAUGCUACAAAUCAUUCGAAUGUAGGUUUAUUUACUUUGAACCAAGAUUUAAGUAUGGUUAAGCUUAAACUUAAACUUACUUUUAAUCGUUUUUUUUCAGCUACCGCCCCAGCAAGCUUUCAAAGGUGACCUCCCCGCCAACAAUUCGAAUGCCUCAUCCCUGCCAUCUACAGUCCCAAAGAAUCAAAAGCACGUCCGACGUCCCGAAAUCAAAGCCGGUGCUUUAGACAAAUCUGAUGACGAAUCAGAAAGGAUACAACGUCAUUUUGUUAAGGUUUCCGUAUCUGAAGACUAA